AUUUUCGCUUGACCCUUGAUAAAUCAAUUCGUUCAACUCUCAUUUAAGAUCCCAACCUUGUCCAACACGGUUAGUCUUUUUGAUUCCGUCAUCAGAUACUGAACGAGAGCAAAAUGAAGAUUAAAAAUUCUGACAAUACAAUUUCUAUGAUAGAUCCUUCUCUGCUGCUGCGGCCAGAGAAGGUUUACGAUGGAAAGCCCUUGGAAGCCUUCCGCGACUACUCCGUGGAUGACAAGGACCCUAUCAAGGAGCGCGUCUGCAAAACUUACUACGACAUGCACACUAACAUGACUGUUGACUUCGUUAAAGGCAAAAUGGAUAAAUGGUUAAAAUUCAACCAUUUCAAAUCGACGGUGAAGGAUGCUCUCAUCAAACUGAACGAGCUGGUGGAUGAAUCAGACCCUGACACCGACCUCCCCAACAUCGUACACGCCUUUCAGACCGCUGAGAGAAUCAGACAGGACUACCCUGAUGACGACUGGUUCCAACUCAUUGGACUGAUACAUGAUCUUGGAAAGGUGAUGGCGUUCUAUGGCGAGCCGCAGUGGUGCGUUGUGGGAGACACCUUCCCCGUGGGUUGUCAAUGGGGAAAGAGCAUCGUGUACGGAGAUGACAGCUUCAAAGCCAAUCCAGAUACUUACAAUGACGAUUACAAUACUCUGUAUGGAAUGUAUGAGUCAAAAUGCGGUAUCGAAAACUUGAUGAUGUCCUGGGGACACGACGAGUAUCUGUACCGAGUUCUGAAACACAAUAACGCGAAGUUCCCAGAAGAAGGUUUAUGGAUGAUCAGAUAUCAUUCGUUUUACCCGUGGCACGCCGGCGGUGAUUACAAACAAUUCACAACAGAAAGAGACGAAAAAAUUAAAGCAGCCGUUCUUAAAUUUAACCAAUAUGAUUUAUACACGAAGAGCGCAGCCAUACCCGAUAUCGAAGCUUUGUGGCCUUACUACGAGAACCUCAUUGCAAAAUACAUCCCAGGAACGCUUCAGUGGUGAAUUAUAUAAUUAGUGCCAACAAGAACUGACUUUACAAUUUGAUAUUUAAACUACAAAACGAAAUAUUUAUAUUUAAACACUGUUUAUAAAAUAAGUAAUCUUAAUAUAUUAUAUAUAUAUAAUAAAUAAUAUAAGUACAUAAAGUCAACAGUAACUCAUAAACGAACAUACAUAAGACUCUUUUAAAUAAGCGCUGUACUUAGAUAUACUAUGUAUAAGAUAAUAAUUUAAGAAUAGUUUAUAUGUAAUUAAAAAAAUAAAACACACCGUAAAAUAAAACCAGGAACUUUAUUUUAGCUAUAUUUACAAUAAUACAUGUAUCUGAAAAUAUAUAAUUAAUUUAUAUAGCUUCAACAAACAGCAGUCACGAUGCGAAACAAGGAUUUAUUAUACACGACGAACAUUUAUAGCUAAUACAUUAAUCAAAUGCAAAAAUGAUCUCUAUGUCAUUACGCAUACGACAUCAUUUGAAAAACACUUUAUCUAUAAAUGUCACUAAACGAUGUAGACUGUGUGAAAUCAGUCUCGAGACAGAGAUAGCACUAUUGGGGACAAGGACGCAUAUACUAUGUAAUUAGAAGCAUUUCGUCUCUUUCCCUCCUAUAGAGAUCUUGUCACUAACAAAAUUUCGAACAUAAACGAACACUACAUUUUUAUAGUUACGAGAAAAUAUUAUUCACAAUAUAAUAAAUUAAAAAUUCCGCGUCUAUCAUUAUCAUCGUACCUCCAUCUUCAA